AUGCCUUUGAAGCCCAAGGCCUAUUGGAGGUAUUUGGGCUUCUACUUUGACUGCGGACUCACCUUUCAUGAGCACGUUCACUAUUACGCCACUAAAGUGUUCACCACCGUGCAGGCCAUGUGCAUGCUCAGAAACUCCACUAGAGGUCUUUCGCCCAAGCAGCAGUGCCUCCUCUAUAGAUCAUGCGUGGUUCCCAUUGCCAUGUAUGGUUAUUGUCUCUGGUAUUUCGAUGGCGCCCGUAACAAGGGUGCCAUGAACCAGCUCAAAUGGAUGCAGCAAAAAGCUGCUCUUUGGAUUAUGGGUGCCUUCCACACCUCACCCACAGGCAGUCUUGAGGCUCUAGCUGGUCUCAUCCCUGUCCACCUUAUGCUGAAGAAGCUGGUGGCGCAUGCAGUGUAUCGCGUUGCUACCCUCUCAGACACUCAUCCUCUUCGCUCCAUGAUGGGCGAGAGACUCCUCAAACAGGCUGAACCCCACGCCCGUUCUGCUGCCUUGAUGACCCCAGCUAUGAGGGGAAAAGUCAAGAGCACUGUCAUGGAGGUGGACAAAUGUGUCCACACCUUAACUGAGAGCUUUGAGCCCUUUGUGCCUGAAGCUCGCCCUGCUGAUGGCUCUGUCCCUCAGUCUAACCAGUAUCAGGCGACUUCAGCCACUAUCAUCUACAAGGGAUAUCAUGAGCUCAAGAGAACUCACUAUGGCUCUGGCAGGGUUACCACCCCUGAUGCGGAACUCAAUGCCAUUGCAUGUGCAGUUUGCCUUGCUGUCAAGCAGGCAAACUGCCAACAUAUCAUGGUCUUUACUGACUCUAUGGGCUUGGCUCAUAAAGUGGUUGACCCCUCCAUGCAUUCUGGUCAGGCCUUUAGUCUGUCAGUCUGCCAUGUUCUCCAAGAGUGGUUCAAGGUGGAUGAUCUCUGCUGCAUCACCUUUGUCUACAUCCCAUCCGCUUUUCAGUGGGACAUCCAUGGUGAGGCACACAAGUACAUCACUGAGCAUAAGGUCAGGGUUGGAUGUCGCAAGACAGACAAUUCUAUAGACGUGCUACGCUCCCAAGCCACACACUCAGUCCUGGACACAUGGGGUUCCAACUUCCAGGAUUGUACCUACCAGGGCUCUGAAUUCUUGGAGCUCCAAUGGCCUGAUGGAUGGCCGCUACAGCCACUGUACCUCAAUAGGGGACCUUGGCUUUCAUAUUUCGGAUGCAGUAUUACUGAGUUCGCUCGUGUUUGCCAGUGUAUAACUGGCCACGCGCCCAUUGGAGCGUAUUACCAUCGCUUCAAGAUUGAUGAGCCUCACGGCUGCACUUGCGGGGCUGCUCUGCAGUCCUGUCAGCACAUCCUCUUUCGCUGCCGCGAUAGAUAUUCUACACAUUAUCCCCAUUUUCUUGGGGAUAUUGCAUCCUUUAUGAAGUGCAACUCUAUGGUGUUUGGCUUCAACCAGGACCCCUCGGGUGUCGGGUAA